GAAGACGACACAGGAAAGUGCGGCUGGCUUGACUGUGUAUUUUCACGUGUUCCUCAUGUGACCAAAUACGGAACUUGGAACGUCUAAGUCUGUCUCCCAUUUAUAUAUAUAUAUAUAUAUAUAUAUAUAUAUAUUAAAAAAAACAACCAAUCGCUACUUACUAAAUCUAUCGAGAUAUGCAUAUUGACUUCAUGUACAGCUCUAAUGGUCUAAAGUGUCCAGUUUUGGUCUGAUCAUAAGCGAGCUCAGCCCGCCCACCUCUGUUGCGGAAAUACAGCGAGUGCGUAACAAAACUAAAAAGCAGGAAACGUGUUUUCGGAUCGUUCCGGAGUGUGUUCCGAAGAAAACGACAAACCUCCACCCAUCAAGGCCAUGGCAAGCGCACCCCCAUUGGAGUCAUCCACACUUGUGGGACACCCGCCUCCUCCAUCAUACGAGGAGGCGCUGGGAUCAAACCCACAGUACCAACCAAUGCCCUAUGCUCCAGCUCCAGAUAUGAAGACAUCUGUGCCUCUGUAUCCAGCACAAGCCUACAGCCCCAUGUAUCCACCACCACCAGCCCAACAAGGUCAACCUGUCACCAGUCCUCUUGUAUCUGUGCAGACCGUGUACGUUCAGCCUGGUCUGGUGUUCGGGAGUGUCCCAGUGCAGGCACAUUGCCCAGUAUGCUCACAGAACGUGAUAACUCGCCUGGAGCAUACAUCAGGAGCAUUAGCGUGGCUCUCUUGUGCAGGCCUGGCCAUUUUUGGUUGUAUCUACGGCUGCUGCCUGAUUCCCUUCUGUGUGGACAGCCUGAAGGAUGUGACACACCACUGUCCGAACUGCAGCAGCGUUUUAGGAGUCCACAAGAGAAUGUGAAGCCGCUGCAGAACAUGUGAAUGAGUUGUGUAGCAUACCGACUAUGUAUUUAUAAUGGGAAAAAGUUGCAUUGAAUUCAUUCUUUAGCCAGAGUUAAUUCACUAUCUGUGCCACACUGACAUGUAUUCGUACACACACACACACACACACACAUAUAUAUAUAUACCUUAACAUACUUGUCUUUUCAUUGUAAACUGUGAUUUGACCAAAAACUAAGUUUAAUCUUUUUUUAAAUAAUUAUAUUUAAUAUCACAAUUGUGAAGAAAUCUUUGUAACAGUAGAUUUAUGCAUAAACAGUGCAAUUAUUCUCAAUUCUUCUUUCUGUAAUCAUACUGAAGUAGAAAAAAGUUAUAUAAAUAAAUAUGUAUAUGCUUUCGCACUUAAAAGCA